GGUACUGAUGCAACCUAACCUGUUCUGCUGGCUGAUGGCAUUUAACAGGCUGAGCCAUCCCAUCUCGCCUGACAGAGCAGCAGUGAUACACCGAGCAGGACACAUCGCGCCCCGGCUUUCUGAGGCAGCAGCACACGGUAACUUUUGUCCGGUUUGGAGAUCCAAUCGUUUCUUGUGCUUUGGUAUACAUUCGAUGAUAUGUGUAUGUAAAUACACCUGAAGAAUGAUGAGUGAGGACAGCAGCAGUAGAAGAUUCUCAGAAAGCCUCAUCCUAGACAACUCUAAGCAAGGAGUUGUCAUUACAGGAAUCACAGAUGACAGAGCUGCAAAGAGUGGCCUACGGGCAGGGGAUGAGAUUGUAGCAGCCACUAUACACCUGGACCACCUCAACAAAGAUGAAGUGCUAAAUGUCCUGAAGGCCCUCGAGCCAUAUGAUGACAACAUGAAGGUUCUGACAAAGAAGCAGCUGAACGCCAGCGCUGGCCUUGGCUCCUUAGGAUUAGAUCUUGAUGACCCUUCAAAGAUGCUAAGCCUAAAAGAAGAUCUGUCACUGGAUGCAUCAUCUAAGGCACCAGCUGCUUCCGUUAAUGAACUGAUGGGAAAGCUAAAUGGUUCAAACGGGUUGGGGGGUGAAAUAGGUGGUGCUACUAUCAAUGGAGGUCUUCCCGGUUUGAGUCUAAAUGAGCCUUCAGCUGAUGCUGGGGCCAAGUUCAGAAUGCCCUCUUUUGGAAUGUCUGGACCAGAUGUAAAUGGAGAACUUGAUGGCACCCUCAAAGCAUCUGAUGUCAGUGUCUCGGCUCCAAAGCUCAACACCCCCAGUGCCUCACUGGACAUUGGGAAACCAGGAAUCAAGACAGGCAACCAGAAGUACAAACCACCAAAAUUCACGAUGCCACACUUCAAUCUGCCUCAACUCAAAACGCCUAAAGCAAAAAUGGAUGUUUCUGGAGAUGUAAACCUCCCUUCUGCAAAUGUAGAGACACCAGACCUCAAUCUAUCAGCCCCGAGAUUAGAUCUUAAUAGUCCAGGUUUGGAUCUGAAUGGGCCGAAAAUGAAUCUCAAUGGCCCUGCUGUAAACCUAGAAACCCCAAAUGCUGAUUUUGAGGCACCCAAAAUCAAGUGGCCCCAUUUUAAAUGGAAAGGUCCCAAAGUUAAAGGACCAGAUGCUGACUUAAAUGCCGAUCUGUCUGCACCUGAUGUAAGCCUCAACACACCGAAGAUCGAUGCAGAUCUAAAACUCCCUGCUUUAGAUGUUGAAAGCCCAAAUCUUGACAUUGAUGCCCCAUCUGUUCAAACCCACUGGCCUCAUUCGAAAUGGAAGUUACCUAAACUUAAUGGCCCGAAGGCUGAUCUGGACUUAGAUCCGAACCUGAACACACCAAAUCUUAAUGCCUCCCUUCCAAACUUGGACGGUGAGAUAAAUGGCCCAGAUGUUGAUAUCAAUUUGCCAAAGGCUGAAGUUGGAAGCCUCGAUCUGAAUUCCAGUAAAGUCCAAUGGCCUCACCAGAAAUGGAAGAUGCCCAAAUUUAAAGGACCAAAAGCAGACAUGGACCUAAACACACCAGAUUUGAAUGUGUCGACCCCAAAGAUUGAUGGUGACAUUAACGUACCAAAUGCUGAGCUGAAUCUUCCACGCGCUGACAUUAAUGGCCCCAAUGUAGAUUUGCAGUCCCCCAAUUUUGCCAUGGAGGCUAAAGACCAUCAUGUUAACUGGCCUCAUUUGAAAUGGAAGAAACCCAAACUUCAUGGCCCCAAGGCUGACCUGAAUGCAGAUCUAAGCACCCCAGAUGUUGAUCUCUCUGUUCCAAAAAUUGAUGGUGAUCUGAAUUUGCCCAGAGCUGAUGUUGAUGUUACAGCACCAGGUGCUGACCUUGAUUCCCCUCAUGGCAGAUUCAAAUUUCCCACACUCAGAAAGCCCAAGUUCCUGCUUCCAAAGGUGAAAGGCCCAGAUGUUGACCUUGAUGCUAAUGUUAAAGCACCUGACCUGAGUAUUUCUCCUCAGGCAUCCCUUGAUAUGCCUGAUGUUGAUCUGAAUUUACCCAAUGCUGGUGUUGAUGUUAAAGCACCAAAUGUAGACAUUGAUGCUCCAUCUGGGAAGGUGAAAUGGCCUACUCUUAAAAAGCCAAAGUGGUCACUCGCAGGUCCUAAGGUUAAUGGUCUAGAUGCAGAUGUUUCAGCCCCUGAUUUGAAUCUCACAUCCCCAAAGAUUGAUGGUGAAAUAAAUGCCCCAAAUCUAACUUUACCAGAUGCUGACCUGGAAGUCCCCAAGUUAGACAUUGAUGGUCCAGAUGUUGAAGGUCCUUCUGGAAAAAUGAAAUGGUUUAACUUCAAGAAACCCACAUUUGGCACACUGAAGGGUCCCAAGGGUGAAAUUGAGGUACCAGAUGUUGACCUCAAGACACCUGAGAUGAAUCUGACUGCACCAGAUUUUUCAGCUCCAAAAAUUGAGGGAGGGCUUGACUCACCAGAUUUUGACAUUAAUUUACCAAAAGCUAAUCUGAAAGGUCCUGCUGUAGACCUUCAAGCUCCAGAGCUUGAUGCCUCUGCUGGAAAAAUCAAGUUCCCCAAAAUAGAUUUACCUAAGUUUGGUUUAUCAGGGCCGAGGGUAAAAGGACCUGAUCUUAACCUUGAUGCCAACGCACCUAACCUGAAUCUUUCUGCACCCUCUAUAAAAGGAAACCUCAGUACUCCAGAUCUAGAUGUGGAUACUUCACUCAAGACAGGCAUUGACCUUUCAGGCCCACAGACCACUAUCGGCGUACCAGACGUCAAUCUAUCUACCCCAGAUGUUAAAGCUCCCCAGGUGAAUCUUAACCUGCCCAGAACUGAUGUAAAGGGACCAAGCAUGGCUCUACCAAAGGCAGACUUCUCUGUACCUGACCUGAACCUGAAUGCACCAGAUAUCAGCCUGUCUUCACCAAACAUUGAUGGAAAACUCUCAGCACCAAACAUAGACACAGGUUUGCCAAAUGUGGACCUCAACCUGCCCAAAGCAGACAUCAAAGUACCUGAUGCACAGUUAAAAACACCAGGUAUAGGUUUUGAUUCCCAUGUGGGUGAAUUUAAUAUGCCUCAUUUUAACCUGCCAAAUGUUGGUCUUUCAAGUCCUAAGGUAAGAGGUAUUCAACCUUCAGUGGAGGCUGGAAUCGAGGCACCGAAAGUCAACAUUGACACUCCUGUGGUGGAUAUCAAGGGACCUGAAGCUCCAAAUGUAGAUGCCAAUCUUGAAAAGCUCAAGUUGUCCGAAUUGUUUAACUUUUCAGGGUCUAAAAUAAAAUCAGCAGAUGUUAACACCAGUGCAGAUUUUGAAAUCUCACCUGAUGUGAACGUCAAAGCUCCCACUGUUAAAGGAGGCAUCGAUUUACCUAAUGCAAAUGUCUCAGGUCCUGAAGUGAAGACAGGCUUCAACACACCUGAACUGGAUGCCACAGCUGAAGUUAAAGAAUCUCCAAAGAGUAAGCUUAGAUGGCCCUUUAAAUGGGGAUUAAAGUCUGGUUCAAAUACAGAUGAAGAGGAAACUGACUCUGAGAGUGAUGUGCUUAAUGCAGAGAUGGAGAUGCCUGUAUUCAAAACCCAUAGACUGCCCCGGAGCAGCAUUGAUGGUAUUGGAGGAAUUGGCGAUACCUUAAACUUAUCAAAACUUGAUACCGAGGCAAAGGAUUAUGUAGUCAGCAAAGGGAUCCGCUUGCCAAUAGUAAAUGCAACAUCAAAAGCUGGAGGAAAGGUUGACAUUAUGGAGAGACUAAGAAUGGCAAAUAAGAGAACAUCACCAGCUAGCAUCUCACCGACCGACGCGAAAUCUGAUAUCGAUCUGAACCUCGCUGCCCCAAGUCUGGAUGUCAGUGCCUCAACAGAAGCAGAUUCCUCUUUGAUGAGAGGAGGUACUUUCAAAGUAGAAAAGCCAGAGUCUGUACUGGGCCUAGUAGCCCCUGAGAUUUCCACAUCAGAUGAAAAUGACAAAUUGUCAUUGAGCCUCUCCAACAUGCUCUGCCUCAACAAGCAGUCAGAAAGUGAAUGAUUCCUGCUAGGCUAUCUACGUAAGAACAGCUACAGUCCAAAAACUUUGUAAAUACAUGUAACUAAACCAAAUAUUUGCCUAUAAUUGACCACAGAUAAUGCAAGCUACAUUAUCCUUAUUGUGUAAUAACUUUAUGUAGCCUAGUCAAGAAACUUGUGUUUAUUAACUAUGUGUAUAUUCCUGUUAUUUAUAUAAACUUUUUUUCCUAAAGAUUGUUGAUUUUGAAGUAUCUUACUUAUUACAUGAAUGCCUCUGUAUUGCACGUGGUCACAUUGAGCUGUUUUUAAAGUGCAUUACUUUACGUUUAAAUCUUUACAUGAUAAUAUAAUUGUGAGUGAAUGUAUUUGUUAUUUGUUUGUCUAAUAAAAAAACUCAAUAUAAAUAAACAAGAA